AUGACGUCACCUGUGUCGUUGGUAAUGUUUUCCGGUGGUAUUCACUUAUAUGGAAUGGCUCCCACUUUACCAAUACUUCAAGAAGAUGGAUACUAUUCAAUACCACCAUUAACAGAUGAUCAAAUUCAAUUAAUACCAAUGGCAUUCACCAUUGGUUCAUUACCUGGCGUUAGCCUUGGUUCAUUAUUAAGUGAUAAUUUUGGUCGUAAAUUCACGGUAUUUGUUGCACUUAUACCUUGUAUAAUAUCACAUGGACUUUUAUACUUUGCAAGCCAUGUUUAUAUGAUAUAUUUUGCACAAUUUUUACGAUGUGUUAGUUUUGAAAUGUCUUUAGUGACGAUAUCAACGUAUGUUAGUGAAAUAUCAUCACCGAAUGUUCGUGGUACAUUAAAUGUAUUUGUAAUUGGUUUACCAAUUUUAACAUCAUAUUGUCCAACAUUAUUGGAACAAGUUAAAAAUCCACCAAUUACUCCAUAUUUUGGUGGAAUUUUAAUUACAAUAUCAUCAAUUACAUCUGUUUUAUUUAGUGGUCUAUUAAUUGAUUAUUUAGGUAGAAGACCUUUAAUGAUCAUAUCAUCAGGAGGUUGUAGUUUAGCCACGGGUAUUUUAGGUAUAUACUAUUAUUUGGUUUAUAUAGAUUAUACAAAUUUACAUCAUUUGUCAAUGAUACCAACAUUAGGUUUAAUUUUGUUACAAGUUUUACAUAGUAUUGGAUUACAUUCGUUACCGUGCGUUAUGACAUCUGAGUUAAUGGCAACAAAUGUUAAAACAAAAAGUAUAGCUUUAUUAUUGGUCGGUGCUAGUGUUAUGUCGAUUGGUAUUUUAAUGAAUAAUAACACUCAACAUAUUCUGUCCAAACCUACAGAAUUGCGUUGUUCAUACACUGAGUUGGCUAACGUGGAUGAACACAAUGAAAAUAAGAAAUCUUUGGAUAAUUUAUCAUCAAACUUAGAAAAUACAAAAAAUUCAAGAAAUGUCCGAAGGGCACAUAAAAUUCAAUAUGGCCUUGCGGUUUUAUCAACCAUGGCAAUGGUAUCAGGUGGAAUGCAUUUGGGAUGGAUUGGACCAACAUUACACAAAUUAUUUUCUGAUAAUCCCCCAAUACAAAUAACUAGCAACGAAGGUUCAUGGAUGGCCAGUAUGAAUGCUUUUGGUGGUAUAUUUGGUCCGAUUUUUGGAUCAAUAUCAGCCGAUCAUUUUGGCCGUCAAAAAGCUUUGAUAUUUUUAACCGUACCAUACAUAAUCACAUGGAUAUUAAUAUAUUUUGCCCAAAACGUCUACAUGUUAUGCGUAGCACAAUUAAUUAGCGGUUUUGGUGCAGCUGCAGCAUUUACCGUAUUACCCAUGUAUAUUGGUGAAAUCACAUCACCAAAUAUCCGUGGAAAAUGUGGAACAUUAAUAAGUAUACAAUAUAAUGUUGGCAUCUUAAUUGAAAGUAUAAUUGUACCAUAUUUUUCAAUAAAAGCCAACGCAAUUAUUGUAUUAUCUCUGCCAGUAUUUUUAUUUAUCGUAUUUCGAUGGAUACCAGAAACACCGUACUAUUAUUUAAUGCGAAAUCAACCAGAGAAUGCAGCAAAAUCUUUACGAAUAUUAACACAAAAUGAAAAUGUUGAAAAACAACUUGAAACAAUAAAAACAUUUAUUGAUGAAGAACGAAAAACGAAAACAAAUUUCUUUACAAUUUUCAAAUAUCAACAUAAUCGUUUAGCACUAUUAAUUGCAAUUGGUGUGAUUACAAUUCAAGAAUUAUCGGGAAUCAAUCCAAUUGUAUCGUAUGCUCAAGUUGUGUUCGAACAAACUGGUGCAUCGUUAGAUGCAAAUGUUAGUGGUAUUAUUUUAUGUACAGCAGGAUUAGUUUUUCGUGCUUCGUGUAGCUUUUUAGUAGAUUCAUGGGGUAGACGCCCCCUGUUAAUACUGUCAUCUUUGACUUGUGCAUUACCACUGUCAAUGAUUGGAGCAUUCUUUUCUAUGCAAUACAUGCAAUACGAAUAUGAACAUUAUUUUCGCUUAAUGCCAAUCAUUGCUUUGGUACUUUAUAAAUUAACAUCUGGCAUCGGUUUAGGCCCAUUGCCACCAGUAGUUUUAAGUGAAAUGUUCGCAACAAAUGUUAAAGGUUAUGCAUCGUGUAUUGUAUGCACCUAUGAUUUUAUUGUAAAUUUUAUGCUAACUAAAUCAUUUCAAUUGAUUUGUGAUAGUUUUGGUGUACAUGUAACUUUUUAUUUUUUUGCGAUUGGUUGUUUAUGCGGUGGUUUGUUUGUGUAUUUAAUUGUACCUGAGACUAAAGAGAGAACUUUAGAAGAAAUACAAUGUAAUUUGAAGAAAAGAGGAAAAAUUUGUAUAUAA